ACCGUCUCCACUUUCUCUACCCCCUCGCCGCCGCCGCCUCUUCGGAUCGUCCCUGCCGGAGACCAGAGAGCGCGGUGCCCGAGCAAACCCUAGCCUCCCACGAUGGUGCUGCAGAACGACAUCGACCUGCUGAACCCGCCGGCGGAGCUCGAGAAGCUCAAGCACAAGAAGAAGCGCCUCGUCCAGUCUCCCAACUCCUUCUUCAUGGACGUCAAGUGCCAGGGCUGCUUCAACAUCACUACUGUGUUCAGCCACUCACAGACCGUCGUGGUGUGCCCAGGCUGCCAAACGGUGCUCUGCCAGCCAACGGGUGGCAAGGCCAGGCUCACCGAGGGUUGCUCCUUCCGCCGCAAGGGCGACUAAACAGAAGUCUAUCUUUAAAAGCAAGCCGAUGUUGAACUCUAGUUUUUCAGGGGUGUUGGUCUGAAAAUUUUGCAAUGUCUGGCAAAUUGAAUCCAUCUUUGGUAAUUUGGUAUCUAGCUCGAGCAAUAUUCCGUUUGGGCUGUGAGGUCAGACUAGUAGUACCUGCCAGGUAAUAUGGUGGUCUGAUGAAUUGUUGUUCCUAAUGAUGCUGUUUGCCCUCGCUGGUAUAUGACUCUUGAAUCGUUUGUUGCUUGUAUUUUCUGUUUGUGUUUGU